CGGGCGGAGCUGCCCCCCACUCUGGGACCCUACCGCUGCCCUUCCGAGGGGGCUGCGCCUCCUGGAAGCGGCUCCAUGCGGAACCCCAGGACACAGCCGCCCUGCUGAGAGCGCGGCAGCCCAUCCUCCGAGACCGUGACCUCGCGACUCUCGCGACGGUGGCCCUUGGCCCUCCACCUCCAGCGGGGGCGGGGGCCACCCACCUCCAGGUCCCCGGCCAUGACGACGUCCGCACUCCGGCGCCAGGUGAAGAACAUCGUGCACAACUACUCCGAAGCAGAGAUCAAGGUGCGCGAGGCGACCAGCAAUGACCCCUGGGGCCCGCCCAGCUCACUCAUGUCGGAGAUCGCCGACCUGACUUUCAACACGGUGGCCUUUGCCGAGGUCAUGGGCAUGCUGUGGCGGCGGCUGAACGACAGCGGCAAGAACUGGCGGCACGUGUACAAGGCGCUGACGCUCUUGGACUACCUGCUCAAGACAGGCUCCGAGAGGGUGGCCCACCAGUGCCGUGAGAACCUCUACACCAUCCAGACGCUCAAGGACUUCCAGUACAUCGACCGUGACGGCAAGGACCAGGGCGUCAACGUGCGUGAGAAGGUCAAGCAGGUGAUGGCCCUGCUCAAGGACGAGGAGCGGCUGCGGCAGGAGCGAGCCCACGCCCUCAAGACCAAGGAGCGCAUGGCGCUGGAGGGCGCGGGCAUCGGCAGCGGGCAGCUGGGCUUCAGCCGCCGCCACGGCGAGGACUACGGCCGCUCGCGGGGCUCCCCCUCCUCCUACAACUCCUCCUCUUCAUCCCCCCGCUACACCUCCGACCUGGAGCAGGCCCGGCCUCAGACAUCAGGGGAGGAGGAGCUGCAACUGCAGCUGGCCCUGGCCAUGAGCCGCGAGGAGGCCUCACAGCCAGUCCCCCCAGCCUCCCACAGGGACGAGGACCUGCAGCUGCAGCUGGCUCUGCACCUGAGCAGGCAGGAACACGAGAAGGAGGGGAGGUCCUGGCGGGGAGAUGACUCCCCCAUGGCCAAUGGUGCUGGGGCCACCGUCCGCCAUCGGCGGGACAGAGAGCCCGAGAGAGAAGAGAGAAAGGAGGAAGAGAAGCUGAAAACCAGCCAGUCCUCCAUCCUGGACUUGGCCGACAUCUUCGCACCUGUCCCGGCCCCGCCCUCCACACACUGCUCUGCUGACCCAUGGGACAUCCCAGGUCUUAGGCCGAAUGCAGAGGCCAGUGGCUCCUCCUGGGGGCCUUCUGCAGACCCCUGGUUGCCGGUCCCCUCCGGACACAGCCUGUCCCGAAGCCAGCCCUGGGACUUGCCUCCCAUGCUCUCCUCCUCUGAGCCCUGGGGCAGGACCCCAGUGCUUUCCGCUGGGCCCCCUGUCGCAGACCCCUGGGCACUGAACUCUCCCCGUCGAAAACUUCCCAGCACUGCGGCUGACCCCUGGGGGUCCUCCAUGGAGACCUCUGACACACCUGGUGGUGCCUCGGCCUUUGACCCAGCCUUUGACCCGUUUGCCAAACGUCCAGAAUCCACGGACGCCACGGAGGGGCCUGAGUGUGCCCUGUCCUCCAGGAAGCCCAGCAGCCCCGUGGAGCUGGACCUGUUUGGAGAGCCCAGCCUCAGUUCCAAGCAAAACGGCACGAAGGAGCCAGACGCCUUUGACCUGGAUGUCCUUGGGGACGCGCUGACCCCGUCCAGCAAGGAGGCCCGAGCAGCGUGCCCAACCCCCGAGUCCUUCCUGGGCCCCUCCGCCUCUUCCUUGGUCAACCUUGACUCGUUGGUCAAGCCGUCCCAGGCCGCGAAGACCCGGAACCCCUUCCUGACGGGUCUCCGCGCCCCCUCCCCCACCAACCCGUUCGGCCCAGGCGAGCAGGGCCGGCCCACCCUGAACCAGAUGCGCACCGGGUCCCCCAGCUUGCUGGCUGGUGGACCGGGGCCAGGCGUGCCUUCGGCUGGGGCCUCGUUUCUCACGUGUCACUGGGCAGGGGUUGGGCGACGUGAGCUGAGGCUCUGA